AUGGAACUUUCAAGCCAUCAAGAAGGGCAGACCCCUAUCUCAAUCCCAAUUCCAAUAAAUAGUACUCCUUAUGGGGCUGGUGGGCAUGGCCAUGGACACAUGAUCCAUCAUCAUCAUCAUGAGCCUGCAGCACUCCAUAACCACACCCUCAUCCACAACAACCACAGUAACCACCUCAUUACCUCCUCAGCACCACCAGUAGCACCACCACAGAAUCAUAUCCCUGCUGCCUCCAUUACCAAUAAUGGAUCCUCCAUUCCCACAGUCACUAGCCCAGAUCAGGAGGAAGAGGAGGAGGAGGAUGAGGAGCACGUCAAUCAUGUCAAUGUGGCCUACAACCACCACAACAGCAAUAGCAACAGUAACAAGAAAGUGGUGAACAGCAGCAUCAAGUACAAAGAGUGCCUGAAGAACCAUGCAGCAGCCAUGGGAGGGACUGCAACUGAUGGGUGUGGUGAGUUCAUGCCCAGUGGAGAAGAAGGCACCAUUGAAGCUCUCACCUGCUCUGCCUGCAACUGCCACAGAAACUUCCACAGAAAAGAAAUCGAGGGCGAUCUUGGAACAAUGUCAUCAUGGGAUAUCAACAGCAACACCACUAGGGUUGGGAGGAAAGUCCUACUAGGCCAUCCCAAUGGGCACAAGAACAUGAGUAUAGUAGCCGCUGAUGCCUUGGGUUUCCACACAGCUGUUAAUCCAACAGGAGGCUUCUUACCCUCAAGAACUGCACCGCAUCAUCAUCCUCACCACCACCCCCACCAGAUGAUAAUGUCUUACAAUAACAACAUGGGCCUGGGCGGGCUGAUGGGGUCCCAUCUACCUUCAGAGUCUGAUGAGCAAGAACAAGAUCAAAUUCAUCAUCAUGGCCAUGGUGGUGGGGUUAAUGUGGCAAGUAGGGCACCAGGACAGCUUGUGAAGAAAAGGUUCAGGACAAAGUUUACUCAGGAUCAGAAGGAGAAAAUGUUCAACUUUGCAGAGAAAGUUGGAUGGAAGAUUCAGAAGCAAGAAGAGUCUGUUGUGCAAAGCUUCUGCCAUGAAAUAGGUGUCAAGAGAAGAGUUCUCAAGGUUUGGAUGCACAACAAUAAACACAAUCUGGCCAAGAAUAAGUCCCAACCCCCCACCUAGUUCUACUGCUUAAUUUACUUAAUAACCUGGUAGAUAUAUUUAUAUAUACAUAUAUAUAUAUAUAUAUAUAUAUUACUAUGUAGUUAAUUAAUUUGCAU